AUAGGCUGGACCCAUGAGCAUAAUAAACGCAAACGGUCUUGUACCCCAUUAAAAAGUUAUCACGAUUUGAGCCAGACUGAAGUAGAUCGAGUACAUUCGGCAUUAGAAGCAGCUUCCAAUUUGGGUGAAUCCAACAAAAAGAAGGUGCCUACCCGAGAGGGCUUGCAAACUAGGAAGGUUUCUUCAGCAAUUAAAAAAGAAGAUCCAACAGCUAAAAAAGAAGUUGAAAAGUCUGCUGAAUCGAUUAAAUUAACCAAAAAGAAAGUAGGAAUCCAAGAGAGACCGGAAACUAAGAAGAAUUCCUCAUGCGAUGAAGUGGAUCCUUCCGAGGAGGAAUAUGAUGAGGAUUCCGAGCCUGGAACCUCUCAAAAAAAUAAAUCGGAAUGCAGUUCCUUAACUGUCGAUAAAAGAACAAAACGUCGUAUGCAGACUGCCUUGAAAUUGCUUGAUUUUGUGGAGGGCAAAUACGAUGGCAGUGAAAGCGAUUGGUCGGUGGAUACUUCACAGUCAUCUGAAUGUUCGGAAAGUGCCAGUGAUGGAGGUAAAAACAGCACUCGGCGGUUACAGGCCAUGCGCGAUUUGUCUUCCAGGGAGUAUUUCGGUUACUGUAGAGAUUGCCGAUCGCGGUGCAGAAGCUGCGGGAGACGUCCUUCCGCAGUGGCCAUACCCAAAAGUAGUAAGCGAUAAGCUAGAAAAUUGAACAUAAAUUUAAAAUGUGAAUUUUUCGGUGCGGAUUUUGGCUAAAGCCAAUUAGAAAUUGAGCGAAAUAUUAUAUAAAUAUUUAUAUUGUAAAUGAGAACAUUUCUUCACUAUU